UUAGUCUGUGUCACACUUUCCCUGGUCAGAAGGCAUAAAGAAGCACGUGAUACGGGGAUGGGAGGACGGGAUCGGGAAAGCAAUCAGACUGUAGGAAGGAAGGAAAACAAAACAGCAUCUGUACACGGGGAAAGAAGAAAAAGUGAAAGUUUUGUGCGUGGGAAAGCAGGCACUGGAAACUGUGCGAGAUAAAAACAGAAGACGAAUAACGUGAUCAUCAUCUGACCCUGGCCGGCACAGGAACUCCGCAACCAGCCAACCUUACAGCCGGUUACAGUCACAGGUGGUGUUGGCCAGCAUCCGGAGGAGGAGUCCAGCCAUGGCAGCCAGCAAGAGCAAAAGUCAGAGCGCCGUAGCCCUGCACAAGGUCAUCAUGGUGGGCAGUGGCGGCGUGGGCAAGUCUGCUCUCACCCUGCAGUUCAUGUAUGACGAGUUUGUAGAGGACUAUGAGCCCACCAAGGCAGACAGCUACAGGAAGAAGGUUGUACUGGAUGGGGAAGAGGUUCAGAUUGACAUUCUGGAUACAGCGGGCCAGGAGGACUACGCUGCCAUUCGCGAUAACUACUUCCGCAGCGGAGAAGGCUUCCUACUGGUGUUCUCCAUCACGGAGCAGGAGUCCUUUUCCGCCACGGCUGAGUUCAGGGAGCAGAUCCUACGUGUCAAGGCCGAAGAGAACUGCAUCCCUCUGUUGCUGGUGGGCAACAAGUCUGACCUGGAGGAGCGCAGGCAGGUGGCUGUGGAGGAGGCCCGGAGCAGGGCCGAAGAGUGGGGGGUGCAGUAUGUGGAGACCUCGGCCAAGACGCGUGCCAACGUCGACAAGGUGUUUUUUGACCUGAUGCGGAAUGUGCAGGCAAAGAAAUCGAAAAACAAGGAAAAAAAGGAAAAGAGCGGAGGAAACAAGAAAGGAUUCAGGGAGCGAUGCUGUUUACUCUGAUCCGCGCUGGACUGCAGGCCACCGGACACCCUUCAAACAAUCAACAAAUAUCACAGCUCCCUUCCUUUUACUCACGCUAAGGGUUUAAUGCUAAGGGAAUCGGUUUAGUUCUUUGAUAUUUUUAAAAAUAUUUUGAUUGUAAUGAUGUUCCUGUCACUUCAGACCUCAUGGCAAAUCCCACAGCGCCUUGGAAGCACAGGAACAUACCGAGCUGCUCGCAACACUAAUCUUUUGUUGAGUAUUUUGUCCACUUUAGUUCUGUUAGGCUGUCAGCGCGUCUGAAAGGUCCUUGCAGACCAUCGGGUUUCAGUAUUUAAACACAGGGCUUGUUAAGUUUGAAGUAGUGUGUCUUUAGCCAAGCUGAACCAAAUAUGCAGGAGAGCCGACUGGAUGGCUGCGGGGUCAUGGAGGUGGAUGGGGCAGACAGCCCUACUCCCUGUGGGCCUUGGGGCCCUUUUCUUCCCCUGAGCCUUUCACACGGCUUUAGACUCAGAAUCACGCAGCUGAGCACCGUGGUCCGUUGUGGGUAGCAGGCCACAGCCUCCUGGCACUGGCCUUCUACCGGUAUCUGUGAGGGUCCAUGUAUCAAAUCCAGGUCCCUUGCUGGAUCAAUCAGGGACAAACGGUAAGGCGACUCUCCGUAGACAUUCUCACACCCCAGUGCAGAGUCAGUUCUCUGUAAGGAGUCACACCUGCUUUUUUCCCCCCGUUUUUACAUUACCAGAUUUAGUACAAUGGUGCUUCACUGUAGACAUGGCAAUUGAACAAAUACCUCCCCCAGUAACGAUCUCCGAUUGUCAUACAUGACAGUUUGACGCACCAAUACGAUGAAGUUCUGAAACAGGCCUCCUACAAAAAUGGACAAUCUUAAGUCAAAGUUGAAACAUAAGGCAAACGUUAAGCAAAAGGCACCACAGGUCUAGCCGAGAUGCCAGUAGGUCUUGGGGUCUGGUGUAUGCACGUUUUUUUUUUCCUGCUUUAACCCAUUGAUAAUACCCAAGAGUUUUAAAUGAGAAUCAGCUGAAUUGAUUAUGCAGAAGAAUUUCCCCACACUGGACUCAGGGGUACAGUUUACCAACACUGGAGUCCCCAUCUGAAGAAAAAACAGAAGCUUAAAGUAAAAAUGAUGCAAUGAGUUGGUGCAGGAGUGUGAUGCUCAUAGCGACCCAAAAGGCUCUCAGUCCUCUGUCUUCAAAUCAUACGACGUCAGAAUAACGCUGGAAAUGUUAAAAUCUACCCUUUCACUGGGAUUGAGAGCCUGCAGGGACUGUCAUGGCGUAAUCAAUCGGAUUGUUUCUUCCAUUUGGUCCUCUGUGGAAAAACAAAACAGUAAAUGACCAGAGAACAAGCCUUAAAUCAAGUGCCUGCUUGAUUUCUCAAGGGCUAACGGCACCCAAGUUAGGGAGUAUCGCGUUUGGCAUGACGCACGGUGCUGCCCGUUAACCCGACGGCUCAGCCAAGGAUGAAUGAGCGAGUUCAGGUAGAACAAAAAGCGGCACACGCAGGACCAGGGCAGAACCUCUACGUUUACAAGGCUUUGAAGAUAAUUUAAAAGGUAGUUUAGAGACGGGGGCUUCACUGAGCUGCGACACAAAGGGCUUCCCCCAGCACACUGCAGCCCUGUGGCAUUCUGGGGCGGUCGCUGUUAAGCCGUCAGUGACACGCUGCCCGAUGACUCUACUCACAUUCCUAGAAUCACUGGUGCUGCUCCGACGACGUCAUAUUCACAAGAAUUCGCAGUGUCAGAAUUCUAACCCCAUGUCUUACUGCCGUCUUCAGUUUCCAAAAAGGGAAGCAAGAUAAAAUUUUACAUUCCCAGAUUUCCGAUGCAUCAAUCCAUCUCCGGCCUAUCCUAGGGCGGGGGAGCACCCUGGACUGGAUGGAAUUUUUGUUGCAAAAUGACCCAAAAUCCAUGUUCACCUUUUUACUUCAAAAAUAUGUUUUGCUGUCCAUUUCCACUUUCAUUAAUGUUUUUUAAAAUGCAAACAUUAAUGUUUUACAUCCAGAUUUUGCCCUUCUGUAUGUACAGUAGCAUCGUCUCUGGCUUCUCACCUGAAGGAGCCAGAGCAAGAGAACUCUGCAGCCUGCCUCCGCUUUCCGUUUGACAAAUCCUCAAAGUCACACGUCCCACUUGACGUCCCUGCUGCAGCGUGUAAGGGACGUUCAGCUGUGAACAAUCUGCUCAAUUCAACAAAGCAGGGCCCUCUGACCCGACAGAACGACGAAGUCACCUCAAGACAUUUCAAAGCUGAGUCACUAUUUGUAUGAUUUUUCUGCUGGCUGUUUUUAAUGAAUGUUACUGUUGCCAAAUAAAUAUUUUUUCCCAUGUUA